AGCUUCUCUUCUGGUAGCCUUAGGCCUGUCGAGGGUUUGCUUUUCCUCUUCUCCAUUUCUUCGUUCGUUGCUGUUCGACUUCGCGUGUGAAGUAGAGUUCUGAUUUCUGAACGAGUCGCUAAAAGCUCCUUCACCUCCGUCGACGACGUUCCCCCCCUGUUGGAUCGCAACGUUCUUCCUGCUGGGUCGAAGCAGCAGGUGUGUAACACCUCAUCAUAAUAUAGUGUUUGGAUAUGUCGAACAAGGAAGACAAAACACAAGCUGCAGCGGCACUUUUCGCUGCCAAGGGCAUGAGCCGAGCCCAGGCUGAGCGUGCUGCUGCUGCUCAGGCACGAAAUGUGAAUGCCUAUGGACAGAAGGAAGAAGGGCCUAGCCGUUGGCAGGAGAGGAAAGAAGCCAAGCGGCAAAUGUAUCUAAUGAGCACUGAGAAAGCCGUGAGAUUGGGUGAAAGAAAGGAUGUAAAGUCUUCUGUUUCUUCUUUAGGGGGCGCUUCUGCUCAGUGCCAGAAAUGCUUCCAGUUUGGUCAUUGGACUUAUGAAUGCAAGAAUGAGCGUGUUUACAUGUCUCGCCCUUCAAGAACCCAACAGCUUAAGAACCCAAAGUUAAAGAUGAAACUUACAGUUUCUUAUGAAUUGGAUGGUCCUGAGAUUACCAAGGAAGAGAAGGAUAAGAGAAGCCAGAAGAAAGAUAAGGGUGAACCAAGUGGUACAAAGAGCAAAAGGAAGCAUCGUUCUCCUUCUGAUUCAGAUGAGGAUCACAGUGAGGCAUCUGUUUUUGACACUGAUGGUGAGUCUUCUGUCACAGGGUCAUAUUCUUCAUCUGCUGAGAGCAGUUCAAGCUACACUUCGUCAGAUUCGGAUGAGGAAAGAAGGAGACGGAGGAGGAAACGGAAGCAAAAGAAGAGGAGGCAUCGAAGAAAUAGCUCAUCUUCUGAUUCGUCUGAUUCUGCAUCAGCUUCUGACAGCGAUUCUGAUGACAGGGGCAGUCGGAGGAAGACCAGAAGGCAUAGUAAGAGGUAUUAGCUGAAACUCAGAAAAGAAUUUCCACAUAUUAUCUUAUCCAAGGACUAGAGUCGUGAUUUUGAUUCAGUUUGGUUUAAAUACUGUUGUUGAGCAUUUGUUUCCUGGCUUGGUCAUACGUUAAGGUAUGCUUUUCUGUCUUAUUCAAACACGUAAUGUUGCCAAAUUUGUUAGGUUUUUCAUACACUACGACAUUCCUUGUUUGCAACUUCAAACUUAAACCUGAUUUAGGCUUCGUUUGAGACGGUUUAUUACUGCUUAAAGCAACUUUGUAGUACAAAGAAGCAGUAAGAAAGCUGUCCCCAACGAAAACCGUAAGAAGCAAGAAGAAAGCCGUCCCAAAUGAAGUCUUAGUUUUGGCUAAUUUUGAGGUCGUGUUGCCUAGCCAUUUAAGGGGUAGUUUUGGGAAUAUUUUUAAUGCAUUUCAAUAUUAUUUUAA